CUGUUUUACACACACACUGCGGGAUUGACUGCUGUCGACUCGGCAGAUCUGAGUGAAUACGGCAGGCAGAAGACGGCAGGUAGAGAAGACAUCAGAGAGAUGUGGUGGGCGCUGUGGGUGCUCACCGCCUUGCUGGCUCUCUUCUGUACUCUGGACGUGUGGUACUUCCUCCGGGCCGCUGCUGUGAUCCUCCGGGCCUGGUUCCAGCCUCCGAUCUGGGACGUCACAGCGGAGCAGAUCCAAACGGGCCGGGUCACCCCCCGAGACAUCGACAUGUGCCACAUGAACAACGCUCGUUACCUCCGCGAGUGUGACUUUGCCCGCUUCUCCCUCUACAUGCGCAACGGGGUGUUCAAGGCACUGCGGGCGCUCAAAGCUUCAAUGGUCGUGGGGGCCACCACCAUCCGCUACCGCAGGGCUCUGUGCAUAGGGGAGGGGUACGAGCUGCGGAGCCGCGUCGUCACCUGGGACGACAAAGCUUUUUACCUGGAGCAGAGAUUUGUGUCGGCGAAAGACGGUUUGGUGUGCGCCGUCAUGUACUGCAAGCAGAGCGUCACACGCAGCAGCCCAGACAAGAUCAUGCAGCACCUGUGCAAGCGGAAGGUGCAGUGCCCGGAGCUCCCAGAGGACCUUCAGCACUGGGUCAACUUCAUCUCCGCCAGCAGCCAGGCCCUCAGAGCCGAGAGUGGACUAGACGAGAAGAACAAAUGAGACAUUUGCUUGGAACGGCUCUGAGAUCGGCUUUUUGUACGACAGCUAAUUUACCAGCUCAGGAUUAAAAAAAAGGAAAUUUGUCUUUUGUUCACGAUGGCUUGACGUCAUCACACUUGUGCCUACACAUCUGAAAUAUAAGCCUUACUUUUUACCUGUCAACACUGGGAUAACUGGCACAUCAGCUUGUUUUGUAGAGGCUGGAAACAGAUUAUUUCAAUAAUAAAAAAGUAAUAUAAUUGUAUAAAGUGAAUCUUUGUGUCUAACGGCGGCAAUAAAACAGAUGUUUGAAACACUA